CCAGUGAGCUGAUCCUCACUGUGGACUUCAGACAGGCUUUGGGCUGGUGUUACUAAAGGACCGCAAGAACCAGCUGCUAACUGGUGUGUGUUCGUACGAUGACAGCCACGAACAAAGGCGGUGAGGCGAAGAAACAGGGGGUGAGCAAGAAGCAGCUCCUGGAAGAGCUGAAUGAGAAGAGAGAGUCCUACUGUCUGGUGGAAAGAAGCAACCGGGUCAGCCUGCUACGAGUUCAGAAGAGGCACUUCAGCCAAGCCUACCAGUCCUUAUCGAGCAUGCAUGUGAAAGAAUCUGUCCCCGAAAGUAGCAGGACCUCCUGGAUCGAACGGGAUCUCUUUGUGCACAAGGAGAAAAGGCACUUUGUGCCAAAAAAUAAUGCCAUAUUUGGAUAAAGUACAUCUCCAGAGACAUACCAAUAAACUCUCUUCCUUCAGUC